AAGAGUUCUUGCAAGCAGCCGCAGCGCAGUUAGGCCAAGUCACACCACCUACUGGCUUCUUUUGCAGCGCAAGCCGGCCCUCGAAAAGUCUCUCUGCAAAGUGCCUUCUCAGCAGAUACUUUUAAUUGCACAAGGCAUGAACAUUCCCAGAAAGCAAAACAAAAAGAAAAGGGAGGGCAGUGCAAAGCAGCAAGAUCACCGCGUGAGUCACAGGCGCGAUAUAGGAAGGAGAAGGCAAUACCAACUUUUCUGUUAUUUGUGCUGUUUUCUUGGGUUUCUGGCAUCCGCUACUGCUCAACAGCAGACAAGAUUUCCACUUACAUUCAAUUCCAACACAAAGACUGACCUCUGCCCACCAACUAGGUUUCGCCAAGAUGAUCUACCAGGAUAUGACCUGAUUUCACAGUUCCAACUUGAUAAAGCUGCUUCCAGAGGCAUCAUCCAGCGUGUGGUGGGCUCCACAGCUUUACAAGUGGCUUACAAGUUAAGCACAAAUGUAGACUUCAGGAUCCCAACUAGGUCUUUGUAUCCUAAUGGAUUACCUAAUGAAUAUUCCAUUCUAACGACUUUUCGAAUGGCUGGAACUACUCUUCAGAAGUAUUGGAGCGUUUGGCAGGUUCUAGACUCUUCUGGGAAAGAGCAAGUUGGAUUGAAGUUUAAUGGGCAAGCCAAGUCUCUUGAGUACUCAUAUAAAGGGAUGGAUGGAAGUCUCCAAACAGCAACGUUUCUGGAUUUGCCGUAUCUCUUUGAUUCCCAGUGGCAUAAGGUUAUGGUUGGCAUAGAAAGGAGUGCUGUCACGCUUUAUGUUGACUGUACUCAGAUCCAGACUUUAGCCAUAAAACCAAGAGGAAAGAUCAACGUUGAUGGCUUUACCACACUGGGAAAACUGAAAGAUAACCCUCAAAUUUCAGUUCCGUUUGAGAUCCAGUGGAUGAUGAUUCAUUGUGACCCUCAACGACCCCAGAGAGAAACUUGCGGUGAACUUACAGCUCGGAGUUCGAUAAGCCAGACAGCCGUCAAGAGAGGCCCCCCGGGUCCACAAGGCCCCCCUGGCCCGCCAGGCCCCCCAGGAGUUCCUGGCAUCGAUGGCAUCGACGGGGACAGAGGUCCUAAUGGGCCCGUGGGCCCUGCGGGCCCAGAUGGAGAACCAGGUAGACCAGGUGUCCCUGGAUUGCCAGGAAUACCUGGGGCUGAUGGAUUGACAGGCCCUGAUGGAUCCCCAGGCCGUGCUGGUCCAAAAGGACAAAAGGGUGAACCCGGGUUGCCUGGAGGCCGUGGACUGCCUGGUAAAGGUAUUCCUGGAUCUCUAGGUCCUCCUGGUAUUGCGGGACUUCCUGGUGAAGUGGGCAGAGUUGGGCCACCUGGUGAUCCUGGAAAGAGAGGCCCUCCUGGAGUGCCCGGCCCCCCCGGCCCCAUGGGAACAGUUGGACUUCGUGAUGGAGAUCCACUGUGUCCCAAUUCUUGUCCACCUGGCCGAUCAGGAUAUGCUGGGCUAAUGGGCAUGAAGGGUCACAAAGGAGUAAAAGGAGAGGCUGGUGAACCAGGAAAACAAGGCCAUAAGGGCGAGGAAGGUGAACAAGGAGGAGUAGGUGAUGUUGGCACUCAAGGCCCACCAGGACCUCAAGGGUUAAGAGGUAUAACUGGCAUAAUGGGACCCAAAGGUGACAAGGGUGCUCGGGGUCUUGAUGGUGAUCCUGGUCCCCGGGGUCUUCCUGGGCCCCCGGGUGAUCAAGGACAAAGAGGUUCAUUGGGGGAGGCAGGCCCCAAAGGCGAAAGAGGUCCUGAAGGUGUUAGAGGAAUUAGUGGUCUUCCUGGGCCUAAAGGAGAAAGUGGCUUACCGGGAGUUGAUGGCCGUGAAGGGAUCCCUGCCAUGCCAGGAGCAAAGGGUGAACCAGGAAAACCAGGCCCUCCGGGUGAUAUAGGAGUUCAGGGACUGCCAGGUUUACCAGGUUCUCCAGGAGCAAAAGGUGUUGCUGGACCACAGGGUAAUGCAGGUCCUCCUGGGAUACCUGGCUUGAUGGGGAAUUCGGGUAAACCUGGAGAACAGGGGCCACAGGGAGAAAAAGGGCCCAUCGGACCCAGAGGCCCAUCGGGUAGCAGAGGUGAGCUGGGUCCUGCUGGCCCUCCAGGUCCGCCAGGUAAAAUGGGUGGCGAAGGUGACAUAGGCCUCCCAGGUUUACCUGGGCCUCCAGGAUUGCCUGGUGCUAAAGGUGACAGGGGUUUGGUUGGUGAGCCAGGACCUAAAGGAGAUCAAGGAGCUGCUGGUGGAGAAGGGGAGCCUGGACAAAGAGGCGAUCUUGGCGACAUGGGUUUGCCAGGCCCUAAGGGAUCUGUUGGGAAUCCUGGUGAACCUGGGUCACGUGGGCCUGAAGGAAGCCGCGGUUUGCCCGGGAUUGAAGGAUUACGUGGGCCCCCUGGACCUCGUGGUUUGCAAGGCCAACAAGGUGCAACAGGCCUGCCUGGCAGCCAGGGCCCAGCUGGCAGAGAGCCAACUGAUGCACACAUUAAGCAGGUUUGCAUGAGAGUUCUGCAAGAGCAACUGGCUCAACUGGCUGCCAGUCUUCGGAGGCCGGAGUUUGGCGCUCCAGGCCUCCCAGGCCGCCCUGGGCCACCGGGUUCCCCUGGACCACCUGGAGACAAUGGCUUCCCAGGGCAGCUUGGGCUUCGGGGACUGCCUGGCCUUAAGGGUCCUCCUGGAGACAUUGGGCUGAAAGGCCCCAAAGGUGAAACAGGUGAAAAGGGGGAGAGAGGAUUCCCAGGUCGAGGACCCAAAGGCUUACCAGGCACAACAGGACUCCCAGGAGAACCAGGCAAACCCAGCUAUGGAACCGAUGGGCGAGAUGGCGACAGGGGCCCACCUGGAGCAGGUGGCCUACCGGGCAUUCCAGGGCCUCCGGGGCCCCCUGGCCCUCCUGGUUACUGUGAGCCAUCAGCCUGCACUGUGCAAGCAGGACUACGAGCGGACAAUGUGAAAGGGCCGUGAAAAGUGCAAAAGUGUGCGACGUGAGUGUUUGGCAACAAUGUACUAUCUGCACGUAUAUUUGACAACAGAGAGAAAACAGCAGAAGAGAUGCAUACAGUAAAAACGUAAGAGAAUUCCUCUAUCCAAGGCUUGACAAGACUUUGCAUGCACUGGUUGUCCCCUCUUCAACCUGUACAAACAGGUACAUGGCAACUAUUUUUUUUAAGUGAUACCUGAUGGCUUUUCUUUUUUUAUCAUGGUGAAAGGCCGCUGUGUCUUUUUUAAGACACCUUCCCCAAAUACUAUUAUUAUUAUUUCUUUCUCCUCUUUGUAUUGUACUGUAUUACAGCAUCAGAGAGAAUGAUGUAAUUCAGUUGACUUUAUCCAAAGCAACUGUAAAAUUGUGGUUGUUUGCAUUCACCUUUUCCCAUGUAGCUUCCUGUAAUUUCAAAUACACAGACAUGGCCGCCAUGCGAAAACAUGUGAAAUGCUUUUGCACACUGAGAAGGGUGUGAAUGCCACGUUACCCGUAAUAUAUCAUGUGAAGAAACUGCUACAUACAGAAAUUUUAAUUUUGUGUUCAAACAUGUAUUGAAUUCUGUUCAAAGGAACAAACACUGUUGCCAACUCCACCACGUGUCUGAAAUUAAACAAAGAGGCUAAAAAGUCACUGGUAAAGGAAUCUAAAUCUUAUUCAUAGCCAAAUUUAUUUAUUUUAAAUGAUCUGAAGUCACAUCUCUGGUUGUAUAAAAGUUGAAAUAAAUAAUGUUUUUUAACCCCUUUGCAUUUUUUUUGUAUGAAUGGUAAACACAAAUAAAACAAAGGAGGUAAGCUUUCUUAGAAAAGUCCCAUUAUAUGUUUCAUUUCUCAAGGAAACAAAAUGCAUUGUAUCAAUCAGUCUACUGUGUAAAUUUGUUUUACAAUUUAUAUAUAUUCUUUGAUCUGUCAUCUUGAAAGACAAAAAUAAAAGUGCCCUUAUUUUAAUCUUCA